AUGACCAAGACGAAAAAACACAGACUCACAAUUUGCACAUCUACUUGCAAGUAUGAAGUAGUUCGUCGAGUCGCAAGAAAGUUUGGCAUGAGGGAUGUUUCGGAGAAUGAACCAUGGAAUGUAUAUUGGACUGAUUUGUCAGUAUCCAUUGAAAGAGCAAAGGAUAUGAAGAGAUUCCAGAAGAUUAAUCAUUUUCCUGGAAUGUCUGAAAUUUGCCGAAAGGAUCUGCUUGCUCGUAAUCUUAACAGAAUGUUAAAAAUUUUUCCAAAAGAUUACAACUUCUUUCCCAAAACUUGGAGUCUUCCUGCGGACAUAGCGGACAUGUUAUCCUAUGCUCGUUCAAGACGUAAUCGAACUUACAUUUGCAAACCAGAAUCUGGUUGUCAAGGAAGAGGAAUAUUUAUAACCAGAAGUUUGAAAGAAGUCAAACUAUUUGACAGGGCAAUCUGUCAAAUCUACAUAUCGAAGCCAUUUCUGGUGGAUGGAUUCAAGUUUGAUCUCCGACUCUAUGUUUUGAUUACAUCUUGUGAUCCGCUUCGAGUAUAUGUUUACAAUGAUGGCCUUGUCAGAUUUGCAACAUGCCGGUAUCGAGAACCAACUCCUAGUAAUACAAGCAACGUGUUUAUGCAUCUGACAAACUAUGCUGUCAAUAAGUACAGUCGUACCUAUGUUGUGGAUGAUGAAGCAGGUAGCAAAAGAAAGAUAUCUUCCUUAAACAAAUGGCUGGAGAAAAAAGAGUAUAAUGUUGAAGAACUUUGGCAGAACAUUGAUGAGGUCAUCAUAAAGACGAUAAUUGCUGCUCAUCCUGUCCUAAAACACAGUUAUCAUGCUUGUUUUCCGGGUCACGACUACACAUACGCUUGCUUUGAACUUCUGGGUUUUGAUAUACUAUUGGAUUACAGGAUGAAACCAUACAUUCUUGAGGUAAAUCAUUCUCCAAGUUUUCAUACUGAUGCCCAGAUUGAUCGAGACAUAAAGGAAAAUCUUCUAAUGGACACAUUUAAUAUUUUGAACCUAUGUCAAAUGGACAAAAGGAAAGUUAUGGAGGAAGACCGAAAACGUGUUCGAGAAAGGCUCCUUCAAGGAAUACUUCAUAAGGAUCAGAGUAGAAGGAAUAAUUUAUGUAUGUCAUCAGGGUCUCACCCACAUGACCACUGGACUGGACAGGCAGCAUGGGAAGAAAAGCAUACAGGAAAUUUCCGAAGAAUAUAUCCAUGCAAUGACAGUGAAAAGUAUGAGCAGUUCUUCAAUCAGACACAGAGCUCUGUUUUCCAAGACACAGCAGCUUCAAGAGCUCGUGAGGAAUGUUCCCGCCAACAGAGAGAGGAGAUAGAGCUGAAAGCCAAGGAAGAAGCAGCAAGACGACCAGGUGCAAAACCAAAAGACUGUGAUCAUGCGCAACCAGAAUCUCCCAUAAUUCAAGACAGCAACAAGAUAAAAGUAAUACAGCCUCCUCCAAAGAAGAAACAUCCUGCCCCCAUCCAGAUCAGAAAGUCUGAAGGCAAAAAGUACAUUUUAAACUCAUUUGAGCCAGGUAUUAUCGAUGACUCUGAAGAGAAAGACCGAAUUACAAACAUGGCUCAGCGUGAUUUUUUGAUUCGCAGCUAUGGAAUUACAGAACAGCCAUAUUUUGAAUUAUUUGAUUUACAAUUUUCUUAA